AAUGAUAAAAACAGACGUAGAAACAGGGAUAUAUGGUGACGAAAAUGAGUUAUCACGAAGAAAGAAUGCUUUCGGCUCAAACACGUAUCCCGUGAAAAAAGGAAGGAGUUUCUUGAGGUUCCUAUGGGAAGCUUGGCAGGAUCUGACUCUCAUUAUUUUAAUAAUAGCCGUUGUGGCCUCUUUGGCUCUCGGAAUAAAAAUCGAGGGCCUGGAGGAAGGAUGGUACGACGGCGGAAGCAUCACCUUUGCUGUUCUACUGGUUAUUUUUGUUACAGAAUCUCCUUUGUUGCAAUCUUCUAGACCGUUCAAGGUUCAACUUCGUGCCCUGCCUGGAUAGGUUUGCAGAGGCGAUAGUUAGAGCAAGGGAUAUCCGACUACAAAUGUUGCAUGGGUUGAUUUCAAGAAACUCAAUAAAAUCCUUGGAGUUGCACACAAAAUUGGCUGAUUCCUAUAAAGAAGUUGUUGCCAAUCUGAAUAUUGCCAACGCUCAACAGGUUCCUCUAAACCUUUCCACUCGCACAAAAUUUUCGCUCUUGUUUUCUAGUUGUGCUGGUUUAUGCAAUGCAAUUAUCCUGCUUGUUUAUGCAAUUCUUUAGUUGUUUUUGUUCUUUGCUGCUCCGAUUCUUGUUUUUUGCUAUCAUGAUAUUGUCUGCUAUAUUGGUUAGUGAAAUUUGCAGCCUAACUAGAAAUUGUAGAAAUUAGCUCAGUUCGAGGAUACUAUAUUGAAACAGUUCGACUCCAAACAGUUCUUAUUUGGAGUGCAUUCUGCAUCCAUGGUUGCAGGGGAAAAGACGGCAGUCCUCGUUCGUCAUCUGUGAUCAUGGAUCUGCAAUUCCUUUGCAACAUGAUCCUCUUUCGAGUACUGUAUUUUGCACCUUUUGCGGGCCACUGCUUUUGCUACUUUUCAUUUAGAAUUUGUUUAAUAGACACACAUCGAAAGUUAUGGACUGUGACUCGAAGUCUAAUGUUAUUUUGUGAUCGAGGCUAGGGUGCCUCUGAUUGGUUGGAUUCUGAGUAUUGUAGUGCCGAAAAACUUAAAAUUGGAUAGGUUGGAAAUUCGUUCAAUAACGAGUGUGAAUAUAUGUAACUUCUGAUAUCGUUUCUUUCAGGGUGGUAUUUUUUAAUGAGUUACUGA